AUCCUUCCCCGUCCAUUGUUUUCUUCGCUCAAACAUUUGUCGUCUUCAUUUCGGAGCCUCUUUUCUCCUCUGCUUUUGACUCUUCCAAAUCCUGUCUGUUUGAUACACCAACAGAAUGGAAUCUUCAUUAACAGAAAUCAAACAAAAUAGCAGAAGCCAGAAUGGAAUGUCUUCCGAUACCGGAACUACAUGCGACGACGAAGUUAAAUUAGAAGAACUAGGACGAGAUUCAAAUUUUUCUGAUAUUGAAAUUGAAAAAAGAGAAAUUGUCAUCGACGAAGAAAAAAAUCAGGAAAUGAAAAAUGAAAAUGAAAAUCAUUCCGUUUCAAAUUCUGAUUCUGUGAUUAAUGGUAAAACACAAGUAAUUACCGGGCCAUUAUCACAGUUUCCAAAACCAGAAGCUCCGCCAGGAUUUCACAAAUCUCCACCAAAUCCAGAAGAACAAAAUGGAGGUCGACUGGAAAGAUCACAAUCGUUAUCGAACAAUUUCUCGAUGCCGACAAUCGGGAAGUUCUUUCGGGAACGAAGUAAUAGUUUCUCAACUGCUAUUUACAAAGGAAUUUCAAGUUUAAAAGAUAACAACAACAACAACCAUGGUAAUAGUAACGGCGAGAAUCCUUUAUCUUCAGAUGUUACUGAAAUUCAUCUCUCAGGAAUCGAAGUAAUUGUUCAGAAAAACAAUAAUACAACUUUGAACAGAGAAAUCGAAUUCAAAGGAAGAAUAAGUUUCUUUUCGAGAUCAAACUGUAGAGAUUGUGCUGCUAUUAGAUCAUUUUUCAGAGAAAAGGGAUUGAGAUUUGUGGAGAUUAGUAUUGAUGUUUAUCCACUAAGAGAAAAAGAAUUGAUUGAAAGAACCGGAAAAUCUUCAGUUCCUCAGGUAUUUUUUAACGAAAAACUAAUCGGUGGAUUAGUUUCGAUUAAUUCAUUAAGAAAUGAGAUUGAAUUAGAGAAGAAAGUGAAAGAACUAUUAGAUAAAAGAUGUCCUGAUAAUGGACCUUCAAUUCCUGUCUAUGGAUUUGAUGAUGAUCUUGGUGAAGAAAAAAUGGAUCAAAUGAUUGAUAUAAUCAGGGUUUUGAGACAGAGAUUGCCGAUUCAUGAUCGAUUAAUGAGAUUGAAAAUCGUCAAGAAUUGUUUCGCUGGUUCUGAAAUGGUUGAAGCUCUGAUUCAACAGCUUGAUUGUGGACGAAAAAAGGCUGUUGAAAUUGGAAAGGAGCUGGCCAGGAAGCACUUCAUUCACCAUGUGUUUGGGCAGAAUGAUUUUGAAGAUGGAAAUCAUUUUUAUCGGUUUCUUGAGCAUGAGGAGUUCAUCCCCAAAUCCUUUAAUUUUAGAGGAUCUACAAACGAUUGUGAGCCGAAGACUGCCAUUGAAGUGGGUGAUAAGCUCACUAAGUUAAUGUUUGCCAUUCUUGAAUCAUAUGCAUCUGAAGACAGGCGUCACUUGGAUUAUACAGGCAUCAGGAACAGUGAGGAAUUCCGAAGAUACGUAAAUUUGACGAAAGAUCUGCAGCGUGUCGACAUCCUAAAGCUCACUAACGAUGAGAAAUUGACAUUUUUUAUGAACCUGUACAACAGCAUGGUAAUUCAUGCAGUAGCAAGAGUUGGUUGUCCAGAAGGAGUUAUUGACAGAAAAGCCUUUUAUGGUGAUUUUCAGUAUAUAAUUGGAGGCUAUCCCUAUUCUCUUAAUAUCAUCAAAAAUGGAAUCCUCCGCUCUAAUAGAAGACAACCUCUCUCUUGGACCAAACCCUUUGGCUCUGGAGAUAAGCGCUUAGAGGUGGCUCUUCCAUCAGUCAACCCUUUAAUUCAUUUUGGAUUAUGCAAUGGAACACGGUCGAGUCCUAAGGUAAGAUUUUUCUCCGGUCAAAUAAUUGAAGCAGAGUUAAGAGCAGCUGCUAGGGAGUUCUUUCUAGGGGAUGCAUUAGUGGUUGAUGUCGAGAAAAGGACGGUAUAUCUCUCGGGAAUCAUCAAGUGGUUCCUUGUGGACUUUGGGCAAGAGAGAGACUUGCUAAAAUGGGUGAUUGAGUAUUUGGAUCCAACUAAAGCCGGACCUUUGGCACAUCUCUUGAACGAUGAAGGUCCGAUUAGUAUUGUUUACCUCAGAUACGACUGGUCACUCAAUACUUAAAACUUAUGAUACAAUAUCAUCAUUAAGCACCAAGCCUUAUGUUUUACACAUUCAUACAGGAAAAAGAAAGUUUUGUAAAAGGAUAUACAUCAACAAUUUUGAACAAGUGUAAAUAUACAGACAGUUUGUGAAUCUGUGAUAUUGCUUGGUAUGUUGUCAUUCAUAUCACAUCACACCCGCACGCAUAAAGGUGCUUUUUUAGCUCAAGUAGGAGAAGAUAUCAAGAGAUGUUGUUAUAAUAUGUAUACUUGUUUCACCAUAUUUAAAGCUGAGGGAUAUUUUGAGACGAAGGACAUCUCUUACUGAGACGCACAAGUUAGUGACUGAAUUCAAAUUCGACGUAUGUACUAAAAAAUGAGAGGGGAAUAAUUCUUUACCCAAACUAUGUAUGCUAAGAUUUGAUAUUGGUUGAUUGUUUCAGUAUUGUGGUAAUCACUAAUUAUUUAAGUUACCAAUAGGUAACUUUCUUUGUUUUCA